AUGCUGUUUGAAGUGAACCCGUACGGGCAUCGCCCAGGACCCAACGAUUUCUGCUCGAUCGGGAUGAGCAACUGGAAGGGACGGGCACUGCGUGUCCACUACUCCUUGAUCCAGAAUUCCCCCUACGAGAGCCGCAAAUUCUGGAGCCGCAAACUGAAAAGCGAGCGCCCACUGAUGAUCAGUCGCGUCCCGCUGCGCUUCGAGCGACUCGAUGAUGAU